CGCCUCCCUGGAGGAGCUCAGGCUGAUUCUCACAAACAGGAAACCACCACCACCACCCCAGCAGCAGCAAACACACUCACACACUCCUCGCUCGCUCACUCACACACGGCAUUCACAAUUCACAAUCAAGACAUCUUCGACCACACGCGACCCUUUGGGAAGCGCUCGUGAGGAUGCACCUGUGAUGUGACGUUGCAUCACACCGCCCGCCGCCGAGGGCCAGGUGACAGGGAGGCACGCGAUGACGGAUGCUGAGGCCCCCUUGGUGGCCUGGCUGGAGGCCAUCAGCCUGAGCCAGUACGCGGCUCCGCUCAUCGCCCACGGUUACCGCUGCCCCACCGACCUGGUCAGCUUGGACAAUGCGGCGCUGCAGGCUCUGGGCGUGGGCCUCUCGGGCCACCGCAAGCGCAUCCUCAACCGCGCGCGCUUCUGCAAGGCGGCCAUGGUGUUCCGGCAACUCGACGACGACGCGCCCGGGAUUGGAGACGAGCAGAGGCGGCGCUCCCCGAAGGCCCGUCACUCGGGGAGCGCCGACGGGCCCCUCAACACCGUCGAGCCGGAAUACACGGAGGUGGUGGAGCUGGGGGCGAACCUGUGGGAUGGCAAGCACGCGUACCGCGCGGCGGUGGGCGGCGUCGCUCAGAGCGAACCCCCGUACUUAACGAGGAGCAAUCUGGCCGGCAAAAAGCAGUCGUCGCUCGACAACCUGGUGUACGGGAAUCUGAGCGACGGAGGAUUCGGCCGUCCGUCUUUGACCAGUUCCUCAAGCUGCGAUGAGUUGGACCGAUGUUGCGAUUUGGGUAGGGAGAGGCAAGGUGUGGGACCCUCUGUAAGUCGAGCUGCCAGAAAUUUCUGGAUUACCGUAGCGGAGCAGAAUGCCAACUCUCGCGUUGGGACCAGCAAGCUGGACUCGUGCGGCAAGGGCUACUUGUGUCCACCAGCAAAUUCCAACAAGGGCGCCGCGCUGGCUGGUGCAAAGUUGAGCCGCAAUUACAUGAACAUCUCUCAGAGGCCACCGCUUCCGACACCUCGCCAACUGUUUCACUCACACAGGCCCAAUGGUCAGCACUCGCCGGAGGUCGGAUCGCCCGCCACUUUGUUGCCGCCUGUCAAAGUCCCGAGCCCCCAGCCGCGUGCCAGAAGCCCCGAACUCCGGCCUUCCGGGAAGGUCGGGUGGGAGGCCGGCCCCGCCGACAGAUGCCCCGCCGCUCCCGUCGAUUUCGGCCGCAGGGCCACGCAGGGCGACGGGAGGCGCACUCGUGACGGGAACCUCCAGGCGAAGGGCGGACCGCAGGGCCCCGUGCCGGCGGGGCACAACGGCCCGGCGCUGCGCCAAUCCUCGGCUUGCCUCAACGGCUCACGGUCCGAGUGCCGUUCGCACGAGAGUUGGCGGGGCUGGAGGAGCAAGGUGACGGAGGGCAUCUGCUUCUACGACAGGAUGGACAUCGCCGUGGAAAAGGAAGCGCAGCCGGCGGUCACCACGGACGCAGCCACGCAAACGGAGACGGUCGCCCGCGCCGCGACCUCGCCUCGCACCGCGGGGUCGCAGCGCGAGCCGUCGCCGUUGAAGGCGGAUGACGGCGCCAGCUCGGCGCCAGUGCAGCGGCCCGUGCCGCAGCCGAGGAGGAAGAAGCCAGGGAUGAAGACGGCGCAACGUGUCUCCGUCAAAAGAAACCCGACUCAGCCCGAGAAGUUGAUGCCUGUUCCGCCGUCACACAAACCGGCGCUGCAGGAGGCGUUCUACUGUCGGGUCCCUCCGGAGUGCAACGAGUUGAAGGCGGCCGGCGCCGAUGACUCUCCAGCGACGCAGUCACCUGAGAUCGGCACCGAUGCCUGCUUCCUCACCGUGCCGUUGGACAUCCCCGCAGCUCGGGCGGGCAGAGUGAGGGCCUCCUCGGAAGAGCGUCUCUCCAACUCUCCGUCUCCCAAAAAUGAACUCCUCCCUGCACCGGAAAAGGCAAUGAUGCGACCCGGGAACAGGCGGAGGAAGGAGCGGCAGGGCGACAGCUUGUUCAGCGACGACGAGGUUCAGGAUGCCGACGACGAGAGCAAGACGUGGCUGGGCCUGCCUGACCGCUCCCCGUCGCACCUGUCCGUGCGUAGCGACACUCAGUCGCUCCUCUCUCUGUCCGACGACCACCUCCCCGGCUCACCGCGACACCGGGGCGGCACCUCCGACGGGGAGACGGGCGUUCAGGGAAACGGCACGGCCGGGUCGUCCCCGUGCUUCCGCGUGCCAAAUAGCGGCAGCGCCGGCUGGUUCCAUUUCUCGGCGCCGGACCUUGCCGGCCCCGUGCCGCUCUCCAAGGCCGGCUGGCUCGACAAGCAGCCGCCCGGAUCUGGAUACCGGUUCCAGCGGCGCUGGGUAAAGUUCGAGGGCGAUUACCUGACGUACUACAACAAUGAGAAGGAAGUUUACUCCAAGGGCGUGAUCCACAUUUCCGCCAUCCUCCGGGUGGACUCCACGUCGUCCGACGCCAAGUUCGAAGUGCGCACGCCUCACCGGACGUUCACCUUCCGGGCCGAUACGGAAGCUGAGAAGUGCGAGUGGGUGUCAGUGCUGCAGAGAGCAGCCCGGGAGCGCCGAGAGCUCGGGGCGGCGUCGCCCGCACCGCCCUCCGUCUCCACCGCGUCCCCCGCGGCAACGUCGCCCUACCGGCCGCCACCGUGCGAGCGCUCCGGCUUCCUGGAGCUCAAGGGCUGCCGCCAGGCUCUCUUCGUGGCCGUGGCCGGAGAGAGGACGUGGCUCUACAAGAACCGGCAGGACUUCCACACGGGGGUGGGCAUCACGGCGAUCGACAUGAACGUGGCGACGGUCAAAGACGUCGACCGGCGCUCCUUCGAGCUCACCACGCCCUACAAGACCUUCAUCUUCACGGUGGAUAUGGAGGCGGACAAGGAGGAGUGGAUGGAGGCGCUGCGCGAGAGCACCGCUGAGGCGCUGUCGACCCACGACAUCGCCGACCGCAUCUGGGCCCUCCCGGCAAACCGCCUCUGCGCCGACUGCGGCGCCGCCAAGCCCGCGUGGGCCUCCAUCAACCUGUGCGUCGUCAUCUGCAAGCUGUGCGCGGGCCAGCACCGAGCCUUGGGGCCUAACAUCUCCAAGGUGCGGAGCCUCAAAAUGGACAAGAAGAUCUGGACAGACGAUUUAAUCGAGCUCUUUGUCCAAAUCGGCAACGAGCGGGUGAACGAGUUCUGGGCCGCGAACGUCCCUCCCAGCGAGGAGAUCGACCCCGCCUCGAUGCCCAAUGAGCGCCGGGAAUUCGUCGUCGCCAAGUACCGCAGCGGGAAGUACCGGCGCUACCACGAGUUCUUCGGGGACCAGGCCGAGCUCAACCGGGCGCUGUGCUCGGCGGUGGUGACCUCGGACGUGCUGGAGAGCAUGGCGCUGGUCUACUGCGGCGCCGAUGUCACCGGCGCUCCGGGGUGCAGCCCGGACGAUGACCCGCUCCUCCUAGCCGAGCAGGCCGGCCAGAAGCUCCAGCUGCAGAUGCUGCUGCACAACCGUAAUCUGGACACGAACAAGCCGGAGCCCAGCGUUGGCAACCGCUCCAUCGCGCACACCUCCGGGACCCCCUUCUGCACGGGAUACCUGCACAAGGCGUCGACUUCCAGCAAGGCCGUGACGGAGCCGCGUGCCAGGGACGACUUCAGCCGCCGGCGCUGCGUUCUCGAGGCCGGGGUCCUGAGCUACUUUGACAGCGACCGCAGCGUGGCGCCCAGCGGCAAGAUCGACCUUCAGACCCUGAGCUGCCUCGCGCUCACCUCCCCCGACUCGGACGUGCGGCACGGGUUUGCGUACACGAUGGAGCUGUACGCGCGGCAGGGCGACUCCGAGAAGGUCUACCUCUUCGGCACGGACAGCGAGGAGAUGAGCAAGGAGUGGAGCACGGCCGUCGUGCAGGCGUUCGUUUCGGCGGCGGAGCUGGGCGCCGGCGGGCUCAUGUCGCUGGGCUUGGAGCGCGUGGGCCGCGCCAGCCUGCGGGAUGGCUGCGCUCGCGAGGCUCGGCAGGGCUGGCUCGCGCUCGCCGGCCCCUGCCUGCACUUCCGCGCCGAGCCCACGCUCGGCGACGCGAGGGCGACGGCGCUGGCGCCGCUGCGGCCGUCGCCCAUCGAGACGCUGCAGUUGAACAAGCUCCAGGAGCUGGGCUUAGCCAACCCCGCGGAACGCAACGGCCAAAAGGAGGUUUUACUUCUGCGGGAAAAAAGACGGACGCUGUACCUGCAGUGCAGCGGCCGUGCCGACUUCGCGGGGUGGCACGCGGCCGUGCGGAGGGGGGCGGCGGGCCGCGGGGGGGCGCUCGCCACGCAGCAGCUCACGGACGCCGACGUCCCCGUCACGGUCGACACCUGCAUCGCCUUCAUCACGCAGCACGGCCUGGCGUGGGAGGGCGUGUACCGCAAGGCGGGCGUGGGCUCUCGCGUGUCGGCGCUGCUGGCGGCGUUCCGCGAGGACGCGCGGAGCGUCCAGCCGCGCGCCGGCGAGACGCAGCUGGACGACGUCGCGACGGUGCUGAGGCGCUUCCUGCGCGAGAGCGACGACGCCGUGGUGCCGUGCGCGGCGCGCUCGCGAUGGGUGGACGCCGCCGGUACCCGCCUUGCCGUGAUGCUCCACAAGCAGCUUCGUCUCUUUACAAGGCAUACAGACCUUCAGACCAGAGUCGCCAAGUACGGCUCGCUGCUGCAGGACUUGCCGAGCGUCAACCGUGCCACCCUCACUGCCCUCGUGGAACAUCUGCACAGCGUGCAGCUCUACUCCGUGAUAAACCACAUGACGGCGCAGAACCUGGCCAUCGUGUUCGCUCCGUCCAUCUUCCACUCGGAAGGUGACAGUUCGAGCGAGGCGGCGCUGCUCGAGGAGCUCAUCACGAACUACGCGGCCGUCUUCGAGGUGUCGCAGGAACAGCUGAUGCAGAGGAAGAAGGAGACAGACUACAUUGUCCACAAAUUCAGCGGCACGGCCUUCAAGCAGCAGGCUCCGGCAGGUGACAUGAUCAUUGAGGUUUACUUCCAGAAGAAGGACACUGACUGCAACCUCGGUUUGAAGGUGUCGGCGUUCAUGACGGCGGAGGAGCUGACGUGCGAGGUCCUGGAACGCCGGGGCAUCUCCCCCGAGCAGGGGCCCUGGGAUGUGUUCGAGGUGGUCAGCAACGGAGAGCUGGAGCGUCCUCUGCACUACCGGGAAAAGGUUCUGGACUUGGUGCUGCAGUGGUGCAACAGCCCGGACUUCCAGACCAACUACCUGCUCGUCAGGCCGCAUCCCGCGCGCGUGCACAUGCAGCGGCACCUGGCGAACCGCAAGGUGGACACGUGGCACGGGCUCCUGCGGUUCCGCGAGGAGGGCGGCUGGAUGAGUGACUUCCGGGUGUCUCGUUUCCACGAGAAGUACUUCAUGUUCAUGGGGCACAAGCUGGUCAUGUACAAGGACACGCGGACCAAUAAAGGGGAGAAGGAAUGGAACAUCAGCUCCUUGAAGAUUUACCUGGGAAUGAAGAAACGGCUGAAGCCUCCGACCGAGCAUUGCUUCACGAUUUUUCAAGGCAAGCAGCAAUGGUACCUGUGCUGUGAUAAGGAGGCGGACAUGCGCGAGCUGUACGCGAGCAUCCUCCACCUGCAGCACAACGGGGACGUGUGGCCCGUCGGGCGUUCGACGGAGGAGCAGAAAUCGGCAGACGAGCGGCAGCCCACCCUGCGGAGACUCGGGGCCCUCUCGCUCAUCCCUCUCUGCGGCUCCGAGGCCGACAUUCGCCGCAGCGUGGCACCCUUUUACGAGGACGGCUGAGAGCCUCCCGAAGAGUCGAUAGCCGCAAAAAACAAAAAACUCUCCCUUCGCCCAAACAACUCGCUCAGCGGUUCCCUCUCCCACGCUCCGCGGUGCUGGCCAGCCGCCCGGGGUAGGAGGAACGUUCCAAACCUUUUACGAUUGACCUGCGCGGCGAGACGAGACGCGGCCCACGAGCAAACUUGUGGUCGGAGAGAGCCGGGUCUUUUCAUGUGAAGGCAGCUUGCUUCCCUCUGCUGGAGCCAGCCGUUGGCAUCUCAUCGGAUGCCCGUGUGGGCGGUGCGGCAACCGUGAAGCCGAGCCGAGGACGACAGCGGCAGGCCCCAUCGCAUGCGGCGUGCCACGUUGCGCGUACCUCUUCGCCGGUCCGCCACGCUCCGCCGCUGCGCGAUAGGGCGCAGACGGGUGGACGGACGUUCAAACACUAAAAAGGUCCCGCUCGUCCGUGGAGCAGCUUCCGCUAACCACGAGUGGCAACCACUGCAGUGUUAAUAAGGCUUUAGGACGGAUAAGCUGUGAAGGUGGAAGAAUGCAGGCGGCGUCCUUCGUCCGCCUAUUUUUUUUUACUUCCCGAGCAAUUUUUAUUUAGAGCGGUCGAUCUGCCGCCGUACGUCUCUCGGACCCACCGCAUCCUGCGUCGUGAACGGUGGCGGGGGUGGAAGGGGGUGCAGCGCAUCCGAUGAACGGUCGAAGGGAGCUCCACGUCGAAGCUGCGGCCACCGUGCAAAUUCUUCGCAAGUGUUCUCUUCCGAGGGAACGUCGCGAGUGGGACAAAACAUUCAAGAGCAGUGACCCCAAUGUUGUUGUGACGUAACCUGCCCACUGAAGUUGCUGUAAAAUCGCUAUGGGGGGGAGGGGGGGUGGUGGUGAGAAACAAGUGUGGGGUUUUUGGAGAGGCUGUGUGUAUGUGCAAUCCUUGUUUGUGUGUGUUUUGUUUUUAUAAUGGGAAGCCUACCAAGAUAAGCAGUUCAUGAAGGGAAAGAAAUACCCACCCACAUUAAUGGGUCGAGUAACGACAAGCCCAUCCCUUUGCAACAACAAUUAUUUGAAUUCCAUCAUCCGUGUAAGUAAAAAAUAUACGCCUAAUAUCUUUGCCUUUCAUUUCCAUGAUUUCAAUCGCGGAGUCAAUUUAUAUGAUGCGUAAGAACGGCUUAUUAACAUUACAGUACAGUGUUAUUAUUAGCACUUUUCAAUAUGUUUUAAAGUGUAUAUAGUUAAAAAUAUAUAUUUAUAGUUGUUUAAUACUCUACUUAAAAAAAGACCCCCAAAAAGUGCCUUAAGAUUACUCUUGAAAGUUUUUAUUAAACCCUUUUAAAAAGAAGCGGGGGCCUCUACCUGUCGUCCGGACGUGAGGCGCGCCCAAGGUGCUUUUGUGAGCGUCGCCGUCUGCAAGGGAGCUCUACCACCAGCGCGUUCGUGUGCGGAAGUUCAGUUUGGCCACGUGUAAGGAAACUUCACUGGAAACCCAAAAGUAAUGCCACCAAAAGGGCCCCAACUUCGAGCCUAUACAAGCUUAAAGGAUUCAUUUCCUUUUUUGUAUAACAAGUCUCUAUCCCGACCAUAACCUCGACUUGUUUGGGUUAUAGCAAGGGUUAAGCAUUUUCAUCACGCAGCAGGAUUCCUUAGGAGUAGGGUCCGUGACAGGUUUGGUAACGACACGUGGUCUGAUAGAAAUCUCCCAAGUGCCAUUCUGUUGCGUCCCCACCAGUGUCCAAAAUUUACGUUCUAACACAGUGAACAAUAAAGUUAACUGUGUUAUACUUGCAUACGUGUGUAUUUUGAAGUUUACAUUCGCCAUUUACUGUUCAGGUAAUUUUUAUUAUUGUAUGUAAAAAAAAUACUACUAAUUUAAAGCAUUCAUCAGAUUGCUACGAUAUAACUCUAUGUUCAGCUUUCUUCACCAUUGUUUAAUUCGGGGAUUGAUGUCUCCCCGUGCGCGUUUCUGUGCCGCAUUUUACACGCAAAUACUGUACAAGUUGAAACGAAAGCGGUUAGCUACUUCUUCGUAGUUCCUUGCGAGCUGUCGUUGUGCUGUAGUAUUUACUGUGUCUUGAACAAAAUAAACAGAUCCAAGUCGAAAUCAAAGAACGGA